UUUCUUUCAAUGCGACACCUGAGGCAUUUGAAAGAGUGGAGGUACUUGGUGAACACGUUUACAUCUGGACCAGGCAAUAUGUUGUACUUCUCAGUGUUUUUCAGCCUCAUUGGCUGUGUGGAGUUAAUAACUGUGACGACUCUGCAGAAGUUUGUGAAUGUAACAUCAGGGGGGACAGUCCUGCUCCCGUGCACCUUUGUGACGAGCGCGCCGCCGAACUCCCUGACCAUUCAGUGGGACAUGGUCUCUAAGACCUCUAUGACUCCACAGCAGCUGUAUUACUAUCAGUCUGGCAAAGAUGUGAUCACACAACGUUUUGAGGGAAGACUUCAGCCUCCUCUGUCUCCAGCCACAUCCAACAAUGCCUCAAUAAUCCUCAGUAACAUGCAGUCUGCAGACUCUGGGGUGUACACAUGUGAGGUGCACAACUUCCCCGACGUGGAUGGUCAGUCUCAGGCCAGCAUCGUGGUCAAUGUGCUGGAGAAACCAUCACAGCCCUACUGCUCAGUGCAUGGAGAUGUGGAGUCGGGCCACUUGGUGACUUUGACCUGCCACAGCGAGCGCGGGAGUCCUCCUCCUAUCUACACAUGGAUCAGACUGGAUCAGACCAAGACCAGGAGGCCCGUGUUGGGCAGAACUACUGACACUGGGAUUCUUCAGAUUGCCAACAUAUCUCAGUUUGAGUUUGGGGAGUAUCAAUGCAAUGCCACCAAUGCUGUGGGUUAUUCAACUUGCACUAUAGAGUUAAACCCUGAAGUGGGGGCCGGGGUAGUUGCUGGAGCAGUGAUUGGUGCGCUGCUGCUUUGCCUCUUGAUUGUGCUGAUUGUGUGGUUUAUUGCUCACACUGUGAAGAAGAGCAAAUAUAAAACUGUUAAAGUGUCUGAGGCCAGUGAGAUGAGGGGGAGCCAUUCUCAGGCCGUCAGUGCUCCUGCCACUGUUGAGACUGAAAUCACAACAAGCGACCAGCACCACGAUGAAGAGGACGAGGCACAGGCCUGAAGAAGAGAAUGCAUCUAAUUCAGCAGUUUUUACAUCAAACAAUCGUAGCAUUUUUACAUUUCAUCGGCUGCAAGGAAUUUGUUGUGUCAUUAUGUCAUUGCCAUCAUCUGUUUCCGGUUCUUAUUAGAGUCUAAUUGGACAGAUAUGACUCACAUUGUUAAUACGCUCUAAGUAUUUUUAUGGUUAAUUAAGACCGAGGGGCUUUCCAAAAACAAAACAAAAACAAA